AUCACUCCCGCCGGAAACUCAUUUUCAAAUCUACAACAAACGCAAGCAAAUUUUCAGAGCUCUCUCUCUCUCGCGAUGGAGGGGCAAGGAAGCUCGGACGAGGAGUACACGGUGAUCGAGUCCACGGCAGACUCUCUGGACAGCUCCGUGAUCUUCCACGUCAUCAACGACGUUGUAGGCUUCGUGCUUUACAUGUACCAGCAGAUCCCCUCCACAUUGCAGGAUAUCAGUCUUGAAUUUGAUACUCUGCAUUCCGAAUAUACAGAAUUGGAGAUGGAUCUUACUGCACAAACUGAUGCAAAGGCGGUGUCUUCGUUGCGAAGAAAGCACAUGGGCAGAAUGAGGGAGGUCAAGCGGGGAAUCAGAAGACUGGAGAAAUUGAUGAAUGCGGUUUCUAGUCUCCAAGCUGCGCUUAAACUGCUGAUGAGUAGUGAGAUUGCUAACAUCCGGGAAGUUGUUCUGGUUCUCGGAGCAAGUCCGAUUCGGCCCCUCCAUGUUUACCAGUUGUGCUUUUCGCAUGGAAAGGUUGUUCUAGGAGAAGUUGAUUUCGCUAAGAGCAGGGCAGCAGAUGGGCUUUCAAGAAAGGUUAUUCGGACGCUGAUUUCGAAGGGAGCCGGGUCUGGUUCCUACCCAGGUAGUUUUUUGAGCAUGUCUGGCCAGUGCCCCAGUAAGUUGUUUCUAUUGGUUAAAGCUCCCUCUUCUUUCAAUCUGCCUCUGCAUUUUCUUCCCAAGCGUGACUUCAGAUACAGCAAAAAGAUUGUUCCUUUCAGACUACGGCUUAAGUGCAAAACCCAAGAUCGGGAAAUGGGUGCUUCUCAGACUGGGAGCUCCAUCAGUUUGACAGAUUCUGCUUCAGAUGAUUUAAUCUGGUUUCAAUGCCGACAUGUAAUCAAGGGCCUGGCAUCCAACACACCGACAGAAGAAUGAAAAAAGUUGGUCGCCUGAUCAUUGUGUAUAAGAGCUAUUCCCUCAUGAUAUUUUUAUUGUCUGGUUAACUCAUUAAUUAGCAGGCUAAUUUGUUACAUUUUCCUGUA